GUCACCCGCUGUCUCUCAGCCUGCGAGCUGGCCAACCUGCUUACCUGUCGUCUCUAUGACCGACCUACAGCCAACGCUGACAAUGCGGAUUUGCCUUUUGGGCUACCGGAGGGCGACUUCCUCAUGCCAGAUCGUGACAGUGUCAAUCUUGCUGCCAUUCCAUCCUUGCAGAAGGUCCUAGAAACCCCCUCCCAGGAGAAUCGGCACGUCGACGACAAGAUUGAAACCCUCGAAGAGGAGCUUGCUCUAGAUAAGGCUGUUCUCGCUGCUCGUCAGCUUGUGAAACUUGGUCUCCUUUGCAAGGCUGGUUUAAAUAUGACCGUCUAUUGGUACGAGGUCCAUCCGCAUGGUAGAAGUGAUAUCAUUUUGACAGAGUAA